AUGGAGGUUAUUGAUUACAAUAACAAUACUACCGUGGUAACCAAUGGAAGAUUACAAGAUUCUGGUGACCAAAAACUACAAGCCAAGGAAAUAAUUACUAUUCCAACCGAGGAAAAGUCUACACCGGUACCAACUACAUCUAAUUGGGCUUCUUUUUUGCAAACCUCGGCACGCCCAGUUCCCAACGGAACUUCCACCAAGAAGCAUACUAAAUCCAAAUCCAUAACAAAACCAAUUCCAAAACCAGCAUCACCAGUAGCUCCUACUCCAGACUUCAACAUUAAUAACGAAUCAUCACAACCGUUGGGUAUAUUGUUAUUAAGAAUAAUGUUUGAUCCAAACUAUUCCGUAUUAAAUUCUCAAUUGCCUUUAUUCAACACCAAGCCUAGAGGUUUAGCCAAUACUGGUAACAUAUGUUAUAUGAAUUCAAUCUUACAAAUUCUACUUUAUUGUGAACCAUUUAAUAGAUUAUUAAAAUUAAUUCAUGAUAAAUCCAUUGGCAAUUUAGGUGCAUCACCGACCCCAAUGUUGGAUGCCACCAUCAAGUUAUUUAAUCAAUUCAAACCCGAUGAAGAAAGUAAAACCCCAAUCUCCCCUGAUGAAUUCUAUAAUAGUUUAACUGCCCAACCUAAAUUCCUGCAUUUAAAAUGGGGUCAGCAAGAAGAUGCUGAAGAGUUCUUGGGUUAUUAUCUUGAUGGCUUGAACGAAGAGUUUUUGGGGGUAUUAAAGAAAUUGAAUACCCCGAUGAUUGAUUCUUUGAUUCAACAUUAUUCCCUUGAGAACGGCGUUGAAACUGUUAACAAAUUCAAAUACAAUGUUAAGACUACCAUGAAGAAAGUAAGAAAUGAAUCCAAAGAAGAAAACGAUGAAAGCGAAGACGAUGAUGAUGAAGGGGAAUGGAAUGAAGUAGGUCCUAAAAAGAAAAUUCAUGUUAAACGUACGGUUGAGGUUGAGCCAACUCCUUUGAACAUGAUUUUUGGUGGACAAUUCAAAUCAGUGUUGACUAUUCCAAAAAGCACAAAUUCUUUUCAAAAAUCAAUCACAUUUGAUCCAUUCCAACAUGUUCAAUUGGACAUUAGUGAAGCUAGCACUAUUGAAGGUGCUUUGGAACAUUUAAAUAAAGUAGAAGCUAUCUCAUAUAAAUCUUCCAAUAAGGAAAUACAGAUCAAGAAACAAACUUUCUUGGACAAAUUACCACCAGUGUUGAUUAUCCAUUUGAAAAGAUUCAGUUAUUCAAAUCAAGAUGUUGCUAUUGAAAAAUUAAAAAAGAAGAUUGACUAUAAUCAUGAUUUAAUAAUACCAAAAGAUGUUCUCUCUACAUCUGCAGAAAUCAAAUACCGAUUAACUUCUGUUGUUUAUCAUCAUGGUAGUUCAGCAGAUGCUGGCCAUUAUACUACUGAUGUUUUCAAAUCUGAUGAUUCACAAUGGUGGAGAAUCGAUGAUGCAAAUUUCAAAGAGAUUAGUACUGAUGAUGUACAAAAUCAUGGCGGUGAUGAUAUUAAGAAUGCAUAUAUAUUGUUGUAUAAAAAGGUGUGA